AUGUCCCCGAACGGCCAUCAGGUAGCAGACUACCUAUUGUCGCAGCUGCUGCACCUCACUCGCUCCUCCGCUGGCUGCAUCUCCAGCGCCCUCCGCCGCCCCCGCGCCCGCAGCAGCACCAGCAAAAACAGCAACAGCAGCAGCGGCGGCGGCGGUGGCAGCAGUGAGGACGAGGAGUCGCUGUUUCUUCGGACGCACAGCAUCACCAACUUCGCGUGGACGCCGUAUCUCAAGGCGUGGUACGCGGACAACGCGGCCUCGGGAUUGGUGUUUGGCAACAUGAACACGCUCAUGGGCAAGGUGGUUACCACCGCUGACGUCAUUAUGAGCAAUGACGUGGCGUCGGAUCCGCGGUCGAGGGGAGUGCCGCCCGGGCACCCGCCGAUGACGACAUUCCUUGGCGUGCCGCUGUUCUCAGGCUCUCGUCUUGUCGGCAUGUUCGCAGUGACCAAUCGCGAGGGCGGCUACAGCAAGGCUCUAGUCACAGAGCUGCACGUGCUAACCAAGACAGUGGGGCAGGUUGUAGCGGGGAUACAGCAGCGGAGGCAGCGGUGGGAGCGUGAGGAGCGGUUGAACGCGGUGCUGGAGGGUACCUGCCAAGCAGUGCUGUCUGUAGCGCCCUCCGGCCGUCUUUCCUGCAUCAACCGCUCUGCUCGAAGCCUCUUUCGGGUUUCGGAUGAGGCCAUGGCUCCUCGCCCCUCCAAUUUGGGAGCAGCAGCGGGGACUGGAGCAAUGACGUCCGUUAGUCAACCGCUUGCGAGCCUGUGCGAAUCCGAGUUGGCACUAUCAGAGCUAAUUGAGACCAUCGAUGGGGAAACAGACUUCAUGCGACAGGAUGUGCUGCAGAGAUAUGCAGAAUCUGGAGAUGCCUUUCCUGCUGUAGGGCUGCGUCAGGAAGGCAGAUCCAGGCAUAGCGAUAGUAUCUCCCAAGGUCACAUGACUCAUGACACGUCAGCAGCAGGUGUCAGAAUGAACCUUCGUGUGACAGUGACACGUAGCGAGACGUCACAGGUGGCAUUCGUGCUGACGGUGCAACUAGCAGAAGAACAAGAAGCAGCAACUAGAGGUGUCCACACGCAGUCUCAGACUGAAUAUUAUAAGACCUACCACCAUACAGCUUGUGGGCGUGCAGAAGGGAGUUGGAGAGGAGAAGCAGCAGACAGGGUUGGGGGUGGGGACGGGGAGGGCGAGGAGGAUGGGCAUGAGUGUCAGCUCCUCAUGUCAGACGAAGACGGGACGCUCACCAUCGUGGUGUGA